UUGGAGGGAAGAGCCAGUGUUCAUUUGACUGUGAAUGUGAAGAGAACUUCUACUGCUCUAAAAGUUUCUACUUUGCUCAGAGAAAAGGUGUGUGGCACAGAUUCCAGAAGAGGUGAAAGAGAAGAGAACAUUCUGUUCUGAGUUUUGUUUGGAAAAACUCCUGCACCUCUGUGAAGAAGUGAAAGGAGGAUAUAUUUUUUUGAAGUGGAGGAUAGCAUGGCGUGCUCUGCUCAUAAUCUCUGCUAGAGGCGAAGGACUGGGAUUUUACGAGGGAAAAAGAUCCAUAAAAAGCACGUUUUGGAUCUAACGGAACUUUCUUCAACUAAAGCCUGUAGCUUCUUUAGUAGAAUCUACAGGUAGAUAGCUAGCUCCUGUCCUGUGGACAGCCCUGCUGGCCCUGUGCUAUGCUGGAGAGCCCACUGGCCCAGCCACGCUGCAGAGCUCCAUACCUGAGGUUGAUUUAGAGAGGGAGAGAGAGAGGAAGAGAGCGCUCCAACAUGGAGCUGGACCACCAGCGAAACAGGGAGCCCUGUCUCUCCCCGGCGGCGUUUGUUAACCAGGUGCAGUACUCCAACAUCCUGGAGGGGAGAUUCAAACAGCUGCAAGAUGAGCGCGAAGCGGUGCAGAAGAAAACCUUCACUAAGUGGGUGAACUCUCACCUGGGCCGUGUGACGUGCCGCAUCGGGGACCUGUACACUGACCUGAGAGAUGGACGCAUGCUCAUCCGCCUGCUGGAGGUGCUGUCAGGAGAACAGCUGCCGAAGCCCACCAAGGGGCGUAUGCGUAUCCACUGCCUGGAGAACGUGGACAAGGCCCUGCAGUUCCUCAAGGAGCAGAAGGUCCACCUGGAGAACAUGGGCUCCCACGACAUCGUGGAUGGGAACCACCGCCUCACCCUGGGUCUCAUCUGGACCAUCAUCCUUCGCUUCCAGAUCCAGGACAUCAGUGUGGAGACUGGGGAUAACAAGGAGAAGAAGUCUGCCAAAGAGGCCCUGCUUCUCUGGUGCCAGAUGAAGACCGCUGGGUACCCCAACGUCAACGUUCACAACUUCACCACCAGCUGGAGAGACGGCCUGGCUUUCAACGCCAUCGUGCACAAACACAGACCGGACGUGAUUGAGUUUGACAGCCUGAAGCGGUCCAACGCCCACUACAACCUCCAGAAUGCCUUCAACAUAGCAGAGAAUAAGCUGGGCCUCACCAAACUCCUGGACCCAGAAGAUGUCAACGUUGACCAGCCGGAUGAGAAGUCCAUCAUCACCUACGUGGCCACCUACUACCACUACUUCUCCAAGAUGAAGGCCCUGGCUGUGGAGGGCAAGAGGGUUGGCAAGGUGCUGGACUAUGCCAUUGAGGCUGACCAGCUGGUUGGGAACUAUGAGAGCCUGGCGUCAGAGCUGCUGCAGUGGAUUGAGCAGACCAUUCUGACCCUGAACGACCGUCAGCUGGCCAACUCCCUGAGCGCUGUGCAAAACCAGCUGCAAGCCUUCAACACCUACCGCACCGUGGAGAAACCCCCUAAGUUCACAGAGAAAGGCAACCUGGAAGUACUGCUGUUCACCAUCCAGAGCAAGAUGAGAGCCAACAACCAGAAGGUGUACAUGCCCAGAGAGGGCAAGCUCAUCUCUGACAUAAACAAGGCGUGGGAGCGCCUGGAGAAGGCGGAGCACGAGCGGGAGCUGGCGCUGAGGAACGAGCUGAUUCGCCAGGAGAAGCUGGAGAUGCUUGCCGCUCGUUUCGACCGCAAGGCCGCCAUGAGGGAGACCUGGCUGAGCGAGAACCAGCGGCUCGUCUCUCAGGACAACUUUGGCGUGGACCUGGGAGCGGUGGACGCCGCGACUCGUAAACACGAGGCCAUCGAGACGGACAUCGGGGCGUAUGGGGAGCGCGUGGCGGCCGUGGAGGCGGUGGCCAGGGAGCUGGAGGCGGAGAACUACCACGACGUGCGCCGUGUGCUGGCGAGGAGGGACAACGUGCUGCGGCUGUGGGAGUACCUGAAGGAGCUGUUAGCCGCUCGCAGGGAGAGACUCAACGCACACCGAGACCUGCAGAGACUGCUGCAGGAGAUGAGAUCCAUCAUGGACUGGAUGGGAGAGAUGAAGGGUCGUCUGCAGUCCCAGGACAGUGGGAAGCAUCUGCAUGAUGUGGAGGACCUGCUGCAGACUCACAACCUGGUGGAGGCAGACAUCUCAGCCCAGGCAGAGGGGGUCCGCGGGGUCCAGGGAGCCGCUCAGCGCUUCACCUCCGACCAACAGGUCUACAAACCGUGUGAGCCGGCGCUGGUGGGAGAGAAGGUGUCUCUGCUGGGCCGGGCCUAUGAGGAGCUGGGCCAGCUGGCUGGGGAGCGGAGGGUGCGCCUCGAGGAGUCACGGCGCCUCUGGCAGUUCCUGUGGGAGCUGGGAGAGGAGGCAGCCUGGAUCAGAGAGCAGGAGCAGAUCCUGUCAGGAGGAGACUGUGGCCGCGACCUCGCCUCCGCCCUGCACCUCCUCAGCAAGCACGAGGCCUUCAGGGACGAGAUGGCAGCCCGCUACGGCCCUCUGGGCAACAGCAUCGCCGCCGGACAGACCCUGGUGGAGGAGGGACACAUUGGAGCCCCAGAGUGCACUGAGAGGAUCGGGGACGUCCGCGCUCAGUGGGCACACCUGGAGGAGACGUCCCAGCUGAGGGAGCAGCAGCUGAAGGAGGCGGUGGCCCUGCACCAGUUCCAGACGGACGCCAACGACAUGGAGGCCUGGAUCCUGGAGACGCUGCGCCAGGUGUCCAGCCAAGAGGUGGGCCACGACGAGUUCUCCACCCAGACCCUAGCCCGCAAGCAGAGGGAGGUGGAGGAGGAGAUCCAGAGCCACCGCACCCUCAUCGACUCCCUGCACGAGCAGGCCCUCAGCCUGCCCCCGGUCCAUGCAAACUCCCCUCAGGUAGAGGGCCGUCUGCCUGCCAUAGAGCAGCGUUACCACGAGCUGGAGGCCCUGUCUGCGUCGCGGCGUCAGGCCCUGGAGGGGGCGCUGGCCCUCUACCGCAUGUACAGCGAGGCGGGCGCCUGCCAGCUGUGGGUGGGGGAGAAGGAACAGUGGCUGGACGGCAUGCAGAUCCCCACCAAACUGGAAGACCUGGAGGUGGUGCAGCAGAGGUUCGAGACCCUGGAGCCUGAGAUGAACAACCUGGGGACUCGUAUCUCUGAUGUCAACCAGGUGGCCCAACAGCUGCUGGGAUCAGACAACCGCAGCAAAGAGCAGAUCCACCAGAUGCAAGACCAGCUCAACAACAGGUGGAAGGAGUUCCAGCGUCUGGCGGACCAGAGGAAACAUGCCCUGGAGUCGGCCCUCAACAUCCAGAACUACCACCUGGAGUGUAACGAGAUCCAGAGCUGGAUGAGAGAGAAGACCAAGGUGAUCGAGUCCACCGAGAGCCUGGGCAACGACCUGGCUGGUGUCAUGGCCCUGCAGCGCAAACUCACAGGCAUGGAGAGAGACCUGGAGGCCAUUCAGGGUAAGUUGGACGACCUGAAGAAGGAGGCAGAGAAGCUGGCUGAGGAGCACCCGGACCAGGCAGAGGAGAUCCAUGCCCACCUGGGGGAGAUCCAGGAGGUGUGGCAGGAGCUCAACGCCACCAUGAAGCGGCGUGAGGAGUCUCUGGGCGAGGCCAGCAAGCUGCAGGGCUUCCUCCGGGACCUGGAUGACUUCCAGUCCUGGCUGUCCCGCACGCAGACCGCCGUGGCGUCCGAGGACAUCCCCACCUCGCUGCCAGAGGCUGAGGGCCUGCUCUCCCAGCACGAGAGCAUCAAGAACGAGGUGGACAACUACAAGGAGGACUAUGAGAAGAUGCGGGCGGUGGGUGACGAGGUGACCCAGGGCCAGACUGACGCCCAGUACAUGUUCCUGGCCCAGAGGCUGCAGGCACUGGACACCGGCUGGCACGAGCUGCGCCGGAUGUGGGAGAACCGCCACAGCCUUCUGGCCCAAGCCUUCGACUUCCAGAGCUUCCUGAGGGACGUCAAGCAGGCUGAGGGUUUCCUCAACAGCCAGGAGUAUGUGCUGUCCCACACUGAGAUGCCCUCCAGCCUGCAGGGGGCAGAUGAGGCCAUCAAGAAGCACGAGGACUUCCUGACCACCAUGGAGGCCAGCGAGGAGAAGAUCACGGGCGUGGUAGAGGCCGGACGCCGCCUGGUCAACGACCUUAACGCCAACUCUGACAAGAUCCAGGAGAAGGCCGACUCCAUCCAGGAGAGACAUCAGAAGAAUAGGGAAGCUGCAAAUGAACUCCUGUCUAAACUGAAGGACAACCGCGAACUUCAGCAUUUCCUGCAGGACGGACAAGAGCUGACUCUGUGGAUCAAUGAGAAGAUGCUGACUGCUCAGGACAUGUCGUACGACGAGGCCAGGAACCUCCACAGCAAGUGGCAGAAACACCAGGCCUUCAUGGCUGAGCUGGCCUCCAACAAAGACUGGCUGGAUAAGAUCGAUAAGGAGGGCCAGGCCCUGGUGACAGAGAAGCCAGAGCUACAGCCUGUAGUCCAGCAAACUCUGGAGGGCCUGCAGAGCCAAUGGGAAGAGCUAGAGAACACUACACGCACCAAGGCUCAGUGCCUCUUCGAUGCCAACAGGGCGGAGCUCUUCACCCAGAGCUGCUCUGCUCUGGACGUGUGGCUGAAGAACCUGUCAGGGCAGCUUCAGAGCGACGACUUCGGCAAGGACCUGACCUCCGUCAACAUCCUGCUCAAGAAGCACCAGAUGCUGGAGCACCAGAUGGAGGUGCGUGAGAAGGAGGUGCAGUCGCUGCAGUCCCAGGCGCUGGCGCUGUCCCAGGAAGAUGCUGGUGGGGCCGUGGUGGAGGUGGACUGCCAGCAGAGACGUGUCACUGACAGCUUCUCCCAGCUCCAGGACCCCCUCAACCAGAGGCGGCAGCAACUGCUGGCUUCCAAGGAGGGCCACCAGUUCAACAGAGACCUGGAGGAUGAGAUUCUAUGGGUGAAGGAGAGGAUGCCCCUGGCCACAUCCACCGACCAUGGGAAGGACCUGUCCAGUGUGCAGCUGCUCAUCAAGAAGAACCAGACUUUGCAGAAGGAGAUCCAGGGCCACCAGCCCCGUAUUGAUGACAUCCAGACCCACCGCAGGGGGAUGUCCCCAGGGCAGGAGGAGAUGGACGGGGAGAGGCAGUCUGCUCUGGAGGGCCGUCUGGCGGAGCUCCGAGACUCCUGGGCCCAGCUCAUCGCUGAGACGGACGAGCGCCACGCCCGGCUGGUGGAGGCCAACCGCGCCCAGCAGUUCUACACCGACGCUGCCGAGGCCGAGGCCUGGAUGGGAGAGCAGGAGCUACACAUGAUGUCAGAGGAGAAGGCCAAAGAUGAGCAGAGUGCUCUGGUGAUGGUGAAGAAGCACCAGACGUUAGAGCAGACCCUGGAGGACUACGCCCAGCCCAUCCACCAGCUGGCCAACAGCAGCCGCACCAUGAUGACCAGCGAACACCCAGAGAGCGAGCGUAUCAACCUACGGCAAGCCCAGGUGGACAAGCUGUACGCAGGGCUGAAGGACCUGGCUGAGGAGCGGCGUGGGCGUCUGCAGGAGAGGCUGAGGCUGACCCAGCUGAAGAGAGAGGUGGACGACCUGGAGCAGUGGAUCGCUGAGAGGGAGGUGGUGGCCGGAUCCCAUGAGCUGGGACAGGACUACGAACAUGUCACCAUGCUGCGGGACAAGUUCCGCGAGUUUGCUCGGGACACCAGCACCAUCGGCCAGGAGCGCGUGGACGGGGUUAACGGGCUGGCCGAUGACCUCAUCGAGUCGGGUCACCCUGAGAACGCCAGCGUGGCGGAGUGGAAGGACGGUCUGAAUGAGGCGUGGGCCGACCUGCUGGAGCUGAUCGACACGCGCACCCAGAUGCUGUCCGCCUCCUAUGAGCUGCACCGCUUCCACCAGGACGCCCGCGAGGCGCUGGGGAGGGUCCGGGAGAAGAAGGAGGCGCUGUCCUCUGACCUGGGCCGUGACCUCAACACCGUCCAGCACCUCCACCGACAGCACACCGCCUACGAGCACGACAUCCAGGCCCUCAGCGGACAGGUGAACCAGGUGCAGGACGACGCGGCGCGGCUGCAGAAGGCCUAUGCCGGGGAGAAGGCCGAGGAGAUCCACCGGAGUGAGCGCUCUGUCACUGAGGCCUGGGAGGGUCUGCUGGGGGCCGGCCAGGCUCGCCGACACGUCCUGCUGGACACCGUGGAGAAGUUCCGUUUCGUCAACAUGGUGCGUGACCUCAUGCUGUGGAUGGACGGGGUCAACCUGCAGAUCGACGCCCACGACAGCCCCAGGGACGUGUCCUCUGCAGGGUUGGUCAUAGCCAACCAUCAGGACAUCAAGUCUGAGAUCGAGACCCGGGCAGACAGCUUCACCACCUGCAAUGAGAUGGGACACUCUCUCAUCAACAACAACCACUAUGCAGCUGAUGAGAUCCUGGAGAAACUGGACCAGCUCCAGGGCAAGAGAGACGAGAUCAGCAACAAGUGGCAGGACAAGAUGGACCACCUCCUGAUAGUUCUGGAGGUGCUGCAGUUUGGCCGGGAUGCGUGCGUGGCAGAGACAUGGCUGGCAGGCCAGGAGCCCUUGGUGCGGGGGGCCGAGCUGGGCUCUAACGUGGACGAGGUGGAGAGCCUGAUCAAACGCCACGAGGCCUUCGAGAAGCUGGCCGCCGGCUGGGAGGAGCGCUUCACCCUGCUGGAGAAACUCACCACGCUGGAGGAGCAGGAGAUCCAGAGGAGGGUGGAGGAGGAGAGGGCGAGGCGAACCCCCACACCACCCCCGACAGAAGAGGUGGCCCCGUCUGAGGCCGAAACACAUGAUGCCAGGACCAGCCUAGACCAGACCACACUGAACCAGUCAGUAUCAGUGAAUGGAGUCCACAGCUACCAGGACACCUCCCAGGGUUCUGAGUCCGACUCUGUGAAUGGUCCGGGGAGAGACAGCGGGCUGGCGUCUUCACGCCUGGACCCGUCUGCCACGCUACCCAGCAAGGGAGAUGACGCUGGCACAGACGCCAUGGAAGGCCUACUCUACCGCAAGCAGGAGAUGGAGACCCACGCCAAGAGGGCAGCUAGCAGGUCCUGGCAGAAUGUGUACUGCGUUCUGCGUAAGGGCAGCCUUGGCUUCUACAAGGACCAGAAGAGCGCCUCCAACGGGAUCCCCUACCACGGAGAAGUCCCCAUCAGCCUGGGAGAGGCUGUGUGUGAGGUGGCGCACGACUACAAGAAGAGGAAACACGUCUUCAAGCUACGGCUAGGGGAUGGUAAGGAGUUCCUGUUUCAAGCUAAAGAUGAGCCGGAGAUGGCCUCGUGGAUCCACUCCAUUCAUAGCUCCAUCCCAGCAGGGGGGUCAGGAGACCGCUCCCCCGGAGGCCCCAGGGUCCUGAGCCGAGCCAUGACUAUGCCCCCCAUCUCCCCUAGCUCAGCGGAGGCUGCAGGGGUCACCAUGCGCAACAAGGAGGGCAAGGAGAAGGACCGCGAAAAGAGGUUCAGCUUCUUUGGCAAGAAGAAAUAAAACGUCUGGAGAAUAACAACAUCAAGGAAAAUGAUAUUUGUCGAAAUUCCACCAAACUGAAACGGGCAGAAAGGAAAACAGUCUUGUGGGAUAAACGCAUCGCUCUCAGCCUUGGUCCUGAGGAGUUUGUCAACAACUAUGUGGCACACACAGAGCUUGCUCUUUCUCCCUCUCUUUUUCCAUUUGUCUUCUCUUUCCCUCUAUCGCUCUUUCCCUUUCUCACAUUAGAUUCAUCCUACCAAUGUAAGCCAUUGUCUAUAGCGUCAAUGGCAUUUUCAGACAAGAAGCUGGGUUUGUUGAUCAGUCACACUAAUAAGAACUCUUUGACCUCAUCGCUGGGGGGAACCAAGGUGUUUGUGGGGAGAUGAGAGGCAGGGGUGGUUAGCAUUGGCAGAGCCAAGAGGCUAUGAGGCCCCUAAGAGUCAAUUCUCUUCCAUUCACCCACAUUGGAUUCUGUUUUAAAAUUAGUUCUUCCUCGACCAGUUUUUAGAUGGGUAAUAUGCUCUAAUGCUGUUUUACCAAUAAAAGAGAGCCCAUGGACCACGGUAGAGGGUGCUGUCCCCUCACGUCCCCUCUCCCAGUCUCUCUCUCCCCCCCUCCUUGGGAAGGACCACAUCAUUUUUGGGACGUUGGCGUUAUUAACGUUGCCAAUAAUUAUUGUUGUUAUUAUAAUUAUUAUUUAUCUUUUUGCUGUUGCAAGCUUGAGGGGGAUAAAAAGGAAGUUAUUUAAAGAGUAUGUCAGUGGAUGUAUUGAGUCAUGUUGCGAAACAACAAUUUGGUUUAAUUCACGGGACCACGUUGGUCUCGUUUCUGUUUGUAUCGUUUUCAGUUUGAGGUGGGUUUUUUCUUUUUAAGAAAGCUCAGUAAAUUUUAGCAGUGUGCGGUUAAGUGAUUUUCACCAGUGCAGAAUGAUAGAUAUAUUUAAAGUGGUUUUAUUUUAACUUGGAAUUGUACCUGUUUGAUUUUGUUCUUCUGCGGGAUUAUUUCUCCUUUGAUUGUGAGUUUCCUUGUUUCUUUUUGAAGCAGAGAGGUUUAGUUUUCUAGUGAGAGUUGUGGUGCUGUGGGUUUUGCACGUUUCUGUUCUAAAUCAGACGUGUCCAGUUGGAUGCUGCUUUUCUGACUUCACACAGAUAAACACACACUUAAAUAAGUUGUUGGGAUGGCUUUCUAGAAGUAUUCUUAAAAUGUAGAUGACAAUAUGCUAAUUAAUUAAUUAAACGUUCCUCCUAGAUGGUU